ACUGCCACACCAGAACCAAAGUUGCCUUCCGUCGUUUCUAAACGAAACGAAUUAAAUGAAGGACACCGGUAUAAACCAAAUAUGGCCACCUGCACGAGGAUUGGAAAAGUUUUAGCAGGAUGCCAAAGACAUUUCCUGGUGGCUGGUGGUCCAACAUAUACAAGGGUUUCUCUUGUUGCACCCAGACAUCUCCCUGUUAGGACCUAUGCUGCCGCAAAGGCGUUGAAAAAAGACAAACAAGAUGACAAAGAGAAAAAAGUGGAGAAGAAAAAUAAGAAUGUUAUAGACGACACAGGUCGUCACAAACCGUAUGGGCUGACGGCGUGGGUGCCGGUGGAUGACGUGUACGUGACCAGGUUCUACCCCAAGCCGGUGCAUGAGACAGCGGUGGCCGUGGACCUGCUGAAGAGUUUCCAGAAGCUGGACUAUACACCUCUGGACCAGCCAGUUUAUAUCAACUUCAAGUUGGACAUGAAGCUGGAGAAAAAGAAAAAAGUGGAUCCCUUCGUCAGCACAGUUCAUUUGCCACACCCGUUCAAGACAAAAGUCAACAAAGUUGCAGUUUUCACAGAGAAUCCUGAUCAAGUUAAAGUAGCCCAGGAGAACGGAGCAGCGUUUGUGGGAGGGGCCGACCUUGUGCAGAGAAUCUUAGAUGAUGAAGUGGAUGCAGACUUCUACGUAGCCGUUCCAGACAUGAUCUCCAAACUACUGCCUCUGAAGAACAAACUACGCAAGAAGUUCCCUAAGAACAAGAGAGGGUCGGUUGGAGUCGACAUUCCCAAGAUGCUGGAGUUGUUCAAGACUGGCCAUGAGUACAUAGUGGAGAAUGACUCUGUCAUCACUAGAGUCGGCACGCUGAACAUGCCCAAGGAGCAGCUUAUAGCCAACAUAAAGACUGUCGUCAAGGAUGUCUGCUCCCACCGGCCGGCUAGCUUCGGACAUUUCAUAGAGCGAGCGAUCGUCAGCAGUCAGACGAGUGAAGGCCUGCUCUUUAAGAGUGAAGAACUUGUAGAGAAAACCCCAACGAAAAAGGAUGUUUGAAAGUGCUUGUGAUUUUAUGUAUUACUGACUGUGUAUAAUGUAUUGAAUAAAGUAUGAAGGAUAUUAUGGA